AGAGCCGACGCGGCCGAAUUCUUCCUAAACGGUCCGGAACGGCCUCGGACCAAACGCAAUCCAUCAUCCCAGCCCCGGGGCAGCCUCCCAACAACAAUGCGCCGCUCGGGCUCCACGAAUGGCGACGUCACGGUGGCCAGCGUCGAGAUGAACGCGAUGCACGCCGACAGAGAUGAAGUAAAGGAGGCUGAGGACACGGGCAUGCGGGCCCUCGGCUACGGCGGCCGCCCCGACGACGAGCCGAUGCCGGCCUGCCACGCCACGGCGACGACGAGAAUCGUCGCGGCCGCGUGCUACGUUUUUGCUACCUUCUUAAUGUUUUAUUUGAUAGAGAUGACGCGCAACUAUGAUGAUAAGGGCGAAGUAGUACCGUGGCUCGUAAUCACGUUGCUCUGCUACGUCGUCGUGGCCGUGUCGGACCCCGGCUUCGCGGACUCCAAAGACAUACCACCAAAGGACGAGGACUACGUGGCCCGAAGGCAGAAGGUCGUCGACUUCCUCGAGGAGGGCCACGACGGCAGUACCCUCUUACCCUGGCCCGACUGGCCGCCCAUGCGCUGCGCCUACUGCGCACCCACCAAACGCUGGGUCUACGGCUACGACCACUACUGCCCGCUCGUCGGCAAUGCGGUGGGAGAGCGCAACCGGCCGCGCUUCUUCCUCCUACUCCUCGCCCAGACGAUCCUCAACUCCAAGGCGGCCUUCACGAUGGAGGCGGCCGUCGCGUGGCGCGACGUGUCGGGGGGGCGCGAGCGGGCCCUGGCGCUGUUUUUGGUGCUGGCCUUGCUUUUCGUCGUGUCGUUCUGCUUCCUGGUCUUCCACGCCUUCCUCGCGCUGACGAACAUGACGACGCACGAGUUUUUGAAGGCGGAUUCCUUAGAUUACCUCCACAACACGGAAGACUUCGACCUCCCCUUCUCGCGGGGCUUUUUGGGGAACCUGCGCGUCUACGUCGGCCAGGACGGCACCUGGGCCUUUCUGAGAAGGCGGCCCUGGGCGCACGUGAAGUGGACGCGCCCGGCGCGCGUCGACCGCGACUCCGAGGACUGGUGGCGGAACCCCUGGCAGAACAAGUACUGGUCCUGCUGCUGAGUAAUCCACCCGUUUGCUUU